CGCGCCGCGGCCGGUAGCCGGGAGGAGCGCGGAGGCGGGCACGGGCCUGUCCGGGGCCUGUCCUGCCCCGGGCCUGGGCCUGCCCGCGCCCGCCAUGGAGCAGGAGCUGCCCGAGGAGGUGGAGGGCUCGGCCGCGGCGGGUGCCGGUGCCAUCACCCCGGAGGCCGGCGUGGGGGGACCGGACGCGUCAGGAGGUCUGGCCCCAAAGAGGACAACUGUAACUGAGGGACCGUCAGUGCCAGGACAGCCUGGCCAAGGAAAGAAGAUUGGCCACCGAAGCGUGGAUGCUUCUGGGGAAACCACCUACAAAAAGACCACGUCAUCCACUCUGAAGGGGGCCAUCCAGCUGGGAAUUGGAUAUACUGUGGGCAAUCUGAGCUCCAAGCCAGAGAGAGAUGUCCUGAUGCAGGACUUCUAUGUGGUGGAGAGCAUUUUUUUCCCAAGCGAAGGCAGUAACCUCACCCCGGCUCACCACUACGCCGACUUCAGGUUCAAGACCUACGCCCCAGUGGCUUUCCGGUACUUCCGAGAGCUCUUUGGGAUUCGUCCAGAUGAUUAUUUGUAUUCGUUGUGUAACGAGCCUCUGAUCGAGCUGUCCAACCCCGGGGCCAGCGGCUCCCUCUUCUACGUCACCAGCGACGAUGAAUUCAUCAUAAAAACUGUGAUGCACAAGGAAGCUGAAUUCCUACAGAAGCUCCUUCCUGGCUACUACAUGAAUCUGAACCAGAACCCCCGGACUCUGCUCCCCAAGUUUUAUGGACUGUACUGUGUUCAGUCCGGGGGCAAAAACAUCCGCGUGGUCGUGAUGAACAACAUCCUGCCUCGAGUGGUGAAAAUGCACCUGAAAUUCGACCUCAAAGGCUCAACCUACAAACGCCGGGCAUCCAAGAAGGAAAAAGAAAAGUCCAGCCCUACGUACAAGGAUCUGGACUUCAUCCAAGACAUGCCCGAGGGCCUGAUGUUGGAUGCAGACACCUUCAGUGCUUUGGUGAAGACAUUGCAGCGAGACUGUCUGGUAUUGGAAAGUUUUAAAAUCAUGGACUACAGCCUCCUGCUUGGGGUUCAUAACAUAGACCAGCAGGAGCGGGAGCAGCUGGCCGAGGGAGCCCACAGCACGUCGGAUGAGAAGCGGCCCGUGGGGCAGAAGGCCCUGUACUCCACAGCCAUGGAGUCCAUCCAGAUAGGGGCUGCCCGGGGGGAGGCCAUAGACACCGACGAGACGAUGGGAGGGAUCCCAGCAGUGAAUGGCAAAGGAGAGCGUCUCCUGCUGCACGUAGGAAUCAUAGAUAUCCUGCAGUCAUACAGGUUCAUCAAGAAACUAGAACACACCUGGAAGGCCCUUGUCCAUGAUGGGGACACAGUGUCAGUACACAGACCCAGCUUUUAUGCAGAGAGAUUCUUCAAAUUCAUGACCAACACAGUGUUCCGAAAGAAUUCCUCUCUGAAGUCCUCCCCCUCGAAGAAAGGGCGCAGUGCCUUGCUGGCUGUGAGGGCGGCCGGUCCCACCGCGGCGUUCUCGGCUAGCCAGCUCACCUCCGAGAAUGACGACACUCAGUACGACCUGAGGGCGGCCAGGAGCUACCCCACGCUGGACGAUGAAGGUGCUCAGCCUGACCAGGACAGGGGAGAAGGUACGAGUGCAGCAGGCAGGCCAGACCUGCUGCCCUGCACUCCUCCUUCCUUCGAAGAAGCUACCACAGCCUCCAUAGCCACGACACUGUCGUCCACAUCCCUCUCUGUUCCCGAGCGAUCCCCUUCGGAGACCUCUGAGCAGCCCAGGUACAGGAGGCGCACACACUCCUCAGGGCAGGAUGGCAGGUCACACGAGGAGGUGCGGGUCGAGGAGGAGCAGCAGAUCAGUGUGGAGCUGGAGCCCAGGUGUGACGUUGAAAUCGUGGCUCCUGAAGAAGAAGGCAGAGAAGAGGCAGCUUCUUCAGCCUGUGCCAUUGUCACAUCUCCAGCCACCAUAGAGGUGGAGACGGCCAGCCAGGCCUCGGAGCCAGCCAGCCAGGCCUCGGAUGAAGAUGACGUGCCAGUCACAGACAUAUACUUUCCGACAGACGAGAGGAGUUGGGUUUACUCCCCGCUCCACUAUAGCGCUCAGCUCCACUCUGUCUCCGAUGAGGAGAGCGAUACAUAAUCUCUAUGCAGACACAGAAGUCCCAGAGAGCAGCGAUUCCCUCUGCAGGUCGAUGUGUUCCCUUUUCGUUGAUGCAGCCGUUCCAGUGGGAUGGGGAAGAGCUUGCUGGCACCAGUAUUGCUGCACUGCAGGACCCCGGGCACUGCGUUUCAGGACGGAGCAAAACUAUAACCGUGUAUUUCUACUCACCCCAGACGUGGGCAGCAAAGAAACCACCCGCUCACCCGCAGCUCCCAGCAGAGAAUUCCAGCUGGGUGUAGAGAAUCCUGGGUAGUAACACAGUGUUUUCCAGACGUGCACUACCGUAGCUACCUAUCCAUGUGUGAUACUGUGAACCUUUUUAAUUUUUUUAAUCAUGUAUUUAUUUCUUUUAUCUUUGCACAGAGACAGCACAAAUGUGCUUUUUUAAACAUUUAGUUUACUGCACUUUUUUUUUUUUUUCCAUAUAUUUGUGCAUCAGAAAGGAGCGCGAGACCUCACCGGAGAAGGGGUAGGAGCACGUUGCUGGGGAGGGCAGGGACAGGAGUGGCUUCAUUUGAGGCAGCAGCGUGGUCUGACCAACUGAGGGAGUCAGGAGGUUUAAGGCUGUCCAGACUCUGCCACGGUUUUGCUGAGUGACCCAAGGCGAGUCACUUAAACCACUCUGUGCCUCGGUUUCCCCUGUGCUGAUGGGUGUUCAGUACCCACGUCGUUACAGCACUUAAACCCUGGGAUGAAAGGUGCUAUGAAAAUGCAAUGUAUUAAAGGCCAUGGAAUAGAAUUACUCCCACGUUACCACAGUCCAAAGUAGCCAUGCCAACUCACUUGGAUCCAAACUCUCUAGUGACUUCUCCCGUCUGUGACACUGUGUGGGGGCAGCACACAGUCCUGUCAACAGUGACGUGGACUCAGCUCUCCCUGGACGUCGUGGUGGGCUCUGCCUUCCCCCUGUGCUGCACUGCUGCAUCACCCCUCCCUCUGUGCUUGGAGUCCACGCUUCAUCCGACCAGCUCCACCUGCUCCGGACCCGCAGGCACGGACAGACAGGAACUGGGCACCUCCCAGGCCUGGCCGUGCUGGAGAGUGAGUUCCCUGCCCUGCCAGCCCCACGUGGCGCUCGUCUGGACCCUGAUCCUCUGGAGACACUCAGCCCCCCACGUGCUCGUGCGUGUAUCCCGGGGUCACCCGUCCCCUCCGCUCCUCGGGGCAGGCAGGGAGCGCGGGCACAUCCACACACGCUGGAGGCAGAAGCGGGAGCCUGGCUCUGCCACGGAACUGUGCCAGCACUGCUGUGCUCGUGGACUCUGUUGGACAAAAAGCUGUGUGACUGGGGUGUUGCCUGGGGUCACGUCUGCUGCUGGAAAUCACUGCUGCGGGUGUCUGAGAGGGUUUGCUCUGCGGGGGCUGUAGGUGAGAGGGUUUGGUGUCACAGGGUGGUGUUCAGGCUCAUCCAUCAGCAGGACACACGCCACAGCGUUGUCUGGAAUCCAGCAAUCCCAUCCUCAUCUCCCAGAGAGAAGACAGGAAGUCCUUUAGGCCAGAGGGAGCCAGGUCUUGUUCAUGUGCUUUAUGAACCUCGCUUGAGAAAGAGGGUCAAAAUCUCUUUAUUCCCAUUACAAUCUUCACUGUCCUUGGGAUUCCUUGUAGAGGGGUGGGGAAUUGGGACCCUGCUCUCGGUCCCCCAAUCUGUGUUCACAGCAGCACUCGGGAGGGGUUAAGUGGGUUCCAGAAGGUAGCUGGGCUGGUGGGAAGCUCUUCCCUCUGCACUGUGCUGGACUUGGUGAGGAUCUUCAGGAACUGAUGUUUUCUUGCCUGGAAUACGGGACCUGGACUUCCCUGCCCUGCCUGCGGAUGUGGAAGGCUGUGGGUUGUGCUUCUCGGGAGCACAGCUGGGGGAUUGUGCAAGCUGCUGCUGUUCCAUGUAUCCAUGUAUUUACCAAAUAGUCUAUCAAAAGUCUCUCAAGAAACUUUCCCCUUUCA